AUGCAAGGCGUCAGUUAUCUGAAUUUUAGAAGCAAUUCAGCCUUCGCGAACGGCCCGCUGGACAGUCCGGCGGCUGAUAUCUCCAAGAACCGUGAUAUCAAGCUCAUCAGCAACCGCGUGGACAACAUCGUUCACACGAUGCAUUGGGACUUUGCAUUUGGAAACAAGCUUCCGGGCAAGAGAACGGGUCCGAGUUUUGACCAGAGCAUCCCUGUCAGCAAGGUCUUCGAGUAUACAAGAGUUCUGGAGCCGGAGGUCUUCCAGAUCGGCCAAGAGAGACGCAACCCGAUCAUUCAGAGCUUGGAUUGCCUCCAGAAGGCCGUGAGCAGAGUCGGCUUGAGCUUCAAGAUCACUGGCCAUCAGCAGAGAGCAGUCCAGUUGCUCGUUCAGAUCAGAAAGCCUAUCCCGAAGAAGAUCCCUUGA